AUGAUAAAGCUGAAGUUUCCAAAACUAGCAAACAUUCUUCAGAAUAUACCAACACCAGCAUGGAUAGCUGAUAUAGUACGCUGUAAAGUUUUGUACGAGUAUGGAGGUUUGUAUUUAGACACGGAUAUACGAGCCGUUAGAUCAGUUGAACCUUUGUUAACAAAGUUUAAAUCAGGAUUCGUAGUUCGUGAAAGACCAAGAACAAACAAUGUAUUGAUGGAAGUGCCUUGUUCAACACUGUGCAAUGCUGUUAUUGCCUCAAACAAAAACAGUACAUUUAUGAAAAGAGUAUUUGAAGAAGGUGUAAGAGUAACUGAGAAAUAUUUACAUACUUUAGAACCACAGAAAUUAUAUUCUUUCUAUGGACGCACAAUAAUAACAGGUCCUCCACUUAUGACACAUGUACAUACAACUUCAGAGCAUCCGGUUAUUGGUUCUAUUACAUUCUAUCCUUGUGAUUGGAGUAAUCGUUCUAAAUGUGUCUAUGAACUCUUUGUAAAUGGCAGUGAAAACAUUUAUGCAAUGCACCAGUGGAGAAAGUCCUGGUAA